AUUUAAAGAAAAGCCCGCUAACAAACCGAAAGUAUUGUCUGGGAAGGAAAGAAUACCUCCAUAAUGUAGUCGUCUACGUAGUUUUACCUUUUUCUACGUUUUAGCGCAAAGUGAAAAAGGAAGGAGGCGAUUUAUUUUGAUCCUUCUCUCGUGUGUCUAGUCUGUGUUGAGUGUUGGCAUCCCUGCGCUUGAGUCGGCGCUUUGCCUGCUCCCCCUGUGCCCUACCCUCCCUUUCCACAGCACGGGCAGCGCCUCGGAUUCCUCACGGAUGAUCGCUUUCCAGCCGCUGGAGGAGGCGCAGCAUCGCUAGCGCCAGGGCCAGCGCGGCGACAGCAGCAGCAGCAGUGAGCGCGCCAGCGGCAGCGAUCUAAUCGCGACGAGGCUAUCGGCAUUGGAUUGGAGCGCGCCCGCGCUUAUGAUCGUCCCUCUUCUCAGCCUGGGAGAAUGUAUGAGUAGCAAGGGGCGGGAGCUCGAGGGCUUUGCGAAUUCGAGGGUGUGCAAUGGAUCGCCGGAGCUGGCCUUGGAAGAAAAAGUCCUCGGAAUCCAAAACUCACGACCUUCCUUUGGAGUCGUCGACUGUUAUCUCCUCACGGAGCCAUCAGUACCACGAUGAGCAGUACCAGCAGGCGACGAGGAGCUUUCUCGAAAAGCCCGUAGAUGAUCCCGCUGUUGCUCUCCAGCACUGCCAGGAGAAAUCCAGGAUCUUGAGUGAGAAAUUGUCUCUCGCUCUCACGGAAAUCACUUCAAAGGAUAACUUGGUCAAGCAGCAUGCAAAAGUGGCUGAAGAAGCAGUCUCAGGUUGGGAAAAAGCUGAGACCGAGGCGGCCAACUUGAAGAAGCAGCUGGACGCCUCAACGCAGAAAAAUGUGUCUUUGGAGAACCGGCUGGCGCACUUAGAUGGGGCACUCAAGGAAUGCAUGCGCGAGCUGAGAAGCGUCCGUGAGGAGCACGAACAAAAGCUACAGGAAACGCUGGUUAAGAAGGCCAAGGAGUGGGAAAAGGUGAGACAGGAAAUGGAGGCCAAGCUUGCGGCUGCAAACGACAGGGCUAUCGAAUCGGAGGCACAGAAGCAUGCGCUGAACAGGUCUCUCCAAGAGCGCGCCAAGGCCAUCUCCGAGCUAACCGAGGCAAAAGCUCGCGCGGAAGUACAAGCCAAUGUAACGCAAGUCCAACGGGAAGAGGUCGAGAAAGCUUGCGCUGCACUCAAGUACGAAGUCCAGGUUCUAACGAAAGAGGUCGAGAUACGCAACGACGAGAAGGAUUACAACAAGAAGAUGGCCGACGUAGUGAGCAAGCAGCAACUGGAAAACGUCAAGAAAAUUGCCAAGCUAGAAGCUGAGUGCCAGAGGCUUAGGGGACUAGUACGGAAAAAACUACCAGGUCCGGCUGCUGUGGCGCAGAUGAGGCUGGAGGUUGACGGGAGCAUUAACUCGAGAUCAAAAUCCAUGGGAGCUAGAGUGCCAUCUCCCGUAGCCGCAGCGGAUUCUGGAGAGGAGGCUUGGCAGGCUGACAACAAAGAAAACGACGCGCUAUCGGGGCGACUGCUGGCUAUGGAGGAGGAAACUAAGAUGCUGAAAGAGGCCCUGACAAAGAAGAACCAGGAGCUCCAGUCGGCGCGGCUCAUGUGUGCGAAAACUGCGAGCAAGCUAUCCCUCGUUGAAGAGCAGCUGGAAAGAUCACAGGGACCAGCGGAAGCUGGUGGGACGAAAGCGAAGGCUAACAGCAACGGGAAUACGUCUGCCGAUAGCUGGGCAUCUGCUUUAGUAGCUCAGCUGGAACAGUUCAAGAAAGGAAAGGACGGCUCAUUGCACUCUGAAAAGCUUUUCGAGUCGUCAAACUUCGAUCUCAUGGACGAUUUCACUGAGAUGGAAAGGUUGGCAACGACUUCGUUCGAGAGCACGACGGAUUGCUCCGGCAACGUGGACGAGUCGGAUGGGGACGCUGAAUUCAACAACUGUAUCGUGCUGCAAGAUGACAACGCCAAGCUCAAGGCCGAGAAGGGAAGCAUGGAGCAGGAGCUGAGCUCGGCCAACGAGCGGAUCGAGCGGCUCAAGGCGCAGCUGUCCGAGUCCGAGCAGCUCGUGUCAACUUUACGUGUGCAGCUUGCGUCCAUGGAAGAGUCCAAGCAACUGGCCGAGAAUCAGCUGGCAGCGAUGGCUAACGUGAAAGACGAGCUGGAAUCGAAAGUCCGGGCUUCGUGCGCAGAGAUGGGACAUUUACAGGAAAAGAUUCUGGCUCUAGAGAACGAGCUCCAAGAGCAACGACAACGGCAUGAGCAAGUAAUGAGCAGCGUACAAUCGCACGUCUCACAGGGAGGAGCUUCCGAAAACUCUGAUCCCGGGCGUUUGCAAGAACGAGAGAUUGCGGCAGCCGCUGAAAAGCUGGCCGACUGCCAACGAACUAUCAUGGCCCUGGGAAAGCAGCUCCACUCGCUCUCGGUUCCGACGGGCUCGUCCUCCAAGGGAUCCCUCGAUUUUUCCGAGACGUCCAUGUCACCAGCGGACGCAAGCCAUCAUCAGCGUCGGCCGGAGGAGUCUUUCGCUCUAAAGCCCGAAGCAAUCCACUCGGAGAGCGAUGACGAGGAGCUCCAAUGGAAAGUCCAACGCUCGGCCAGUGACAUGAGUCGGCUCAGGAGCGUUGCUCGAGAGAACAUCCGGAGGCAGGAAAUCUACUGGAGCUCUGCCUUGUCGCCGGAGGCUGCGGCAUCGUCGCUCGAUAGCAGCAACAGCAGCACCACCACCACCAACGGUGAGAAGCAGCAAAGCCAGAGGAAGCUGAGCCAGGAUGGAGAUUUCUUCGCGUGCUCGCCGGCGUCUGCUUACUCCAAGAACUCGGGAUUCAGCAGGUUUUUCCAUCGCAGAGCGAGCCUUCACUGAAGCUAGAGGCUGUACGAUAGUGGAGUUUUGAAGCUGUGUAAAAAAGAUGGUAAUAACUUCCCUUCGUUUAUCGGAAGACCGUCUUCCUUGCGUAAAGAAAGAUUUCUCUUUGCUGCU